AUGAACCAGCUGCAGUGCCUGACAAGUGUCAGACUCUACGAGACAGCCACACGCUACUACAUCAUAGGAUGUACUCAAGAUGAACAGCACUUCUCUGUCCUCAAGAUUGAUAGAACAGUCGAAGAAGAUCGCUUUCUUCUUGUAGAAGACGACGCGACCUACUCAAAAGCCCAGAUCAAUGAACUGCUUGUCGCGCUAGACAGUGGAAAUGCGUCAACCGGUGGCUUGACCAAGAUCCUGACAUGCUGUGGCAUCAUUGGCUUGAUUCGCUUCACUGCAAACUUCUACAUCUCCGUCAUCACGAAAAGAUCGAUUGUCGCCUUGCUUGGCGGACACUACAUCUAUCAUGUGGAAAAUACAAAGCUGAUUCCGCUGCACUCAGUCAUUCAGCACAAGAAACGCGAUCGUAACGCAGCUGAAGAAGCACGCUACCUUGCUAUCUGGCAGAGCAUGGAGAUCAACAAGACAUUCUACUACUCGAAUACCUACGACAUCACGCACACCCUGCAGUACAACCUCACCAACAGCGCCGUCCAUCAGGAGCAUCUCAUGGGCAAUUACAACGAGAUGUUUGUUUGGAAUCAUCACUUGCUCCAUAUGGCAUUUGCCACCAUUCGACAGCACUCCAAUUGGUGUGUGCCCCUUAUACACGGCUUCAUCGACCAAGCAAAAUUGAUGAUUUUUGGUAAGCCAGUCUAUGUUACACUCAUUGCUCGUCGCUCCCGCCACUUUGCUGGAGCAAGAUUUUUGAAACGCGGUGCCAAUGAACGAGGCUAUGUUGCCAAUGAUGUCGAGAGUGAGCAGAUUGUGUCUGAAGCAAUGACAACACCCUUUCAUCGCCCGGACGGCACGCUCAAUGGUCAAUAUACAAGCUAUGUGCAGCAUAGAGGCUCCAUACCUCUCAAUUGGUCGCAACCAGUGGACGGCGUCAACCCAAAGCCCCCCAUUGAGCUCAAUGUAAUUGAUCCCUUCUUCUCUGCUGCGGCCCUCCAUUUCGACCACAUGUUUGAGCGCUAUGGGAGCCCCAUCUAUGUCAUCAAUCUCAUCAAGCAGCGCGAACGAACACCGCGCGAGACGCUGUUGCUGCAGGAGUUCAAUCAAAUGAUUGCUUACCUGAAUCAAUUUCUACCCAAGGAACACAAGCUGCGUUAUAUCGCUUGGGACAUGUCGAGGGCUGCAAAAAGUAGAGACGAAGAGGUCAUUGAACGCCUUGAGAGCAUUGCUUGCGAGUCUAUCAACGCCACCGGCAUCUUUUGUGCAAGCGCAGUCCCGACCAUGCAGCACGGUGUCGCUCGUACCAAUUGCAUAGACUGCCUGGAUCGUACCAAUGCGGCGCAAUUUGUUAUUGGAAAACACGCUCUUUCAGUUCAGCUGCAUGCCCUCGGUCUUGUCAACAGCCCAGCUGAUGUCAAAUACGAUUGUGAUGCAGUUUCGAUGAUUAUUGAGAUGUUUCACGAUCACGGAGACACCAUCGCAUUACAGUACGGCGGCUCGCAUCUGGUCAACACGAUGGAAACCUACAGAAAGAUCAACCAAUGGUCCAGUCAUUCUCGCGAUAUGAUUGAGAGUAUUCGGAGAUUCUAUCAUAACUCAUUCCUGGAUGCACAACGCCAGGAUGCCAUCAAUUUGUUCCUCGGCAACUUCCGUGUCCCGGGAGCCCUCUCUGGCCAUCAGCAUCUAUGGGAAAUGGAGAAUGAUUACAAGCUGCAUUUCAACGACGCUGCACUCCUGACAGGCCACCGCCAUUAUCGCUUCUGGUGGACUCCCAAGCACUUACAAGGCUCGCACAUCACUGAUAGGUUCCAUCUUGAUGGAGGUGAUCGUUUCCCAAGUGCAGAUGAGCGUUACUGGCAAGAGUACUAUCGUCCAGGGGUUGUUUCCUCCAUCGACAAGAUUUUCGCCUUCCAUAUGAACUCCACGGCACGCUACCUCAGUCACGCCAGUCCAAGCAGGUUCGUGGAGCCUGUGGUAAAGGAUGAGAAGGUGUUGCCACUGGUUGAUACGGUUCGAGCAGUGCCGAAGAUGGAAGAGGUGGAAGAGGUACUCGCUUCGCUCCUUGUGACGAAGGAAGCGGAUCAGCGUAUCUAUCAAGAAUUUCUCGAUCGAGCUCGCCGGCCGGACGAUCCAACGACAUGGGAUGAGUUCACUGACACGACGACGACGACAGACUUGAGCGCUGCUGAUGCGGAAAAGGCAUAUGAGCGAUUUGUCCAUGUCGACAGCUACACCCCGUCGGAGGAAGACGUUGCCAUGUACAGAGCUGCUGCAGUAGCCCUCGCCGUAUGA